AUGCCUCAGUCAGUAGAUGGUUUCAAGGAGAUGCAUAUCAUAUUGACGGAUUUAAGUAGGACAUCAAUUGCUGCUGAUAAGCUGCAACUCAUACAAUGGGUUUUCUUGGUCCUCUUCGAGCAUGUCAAAGUUGGUUCUCAUAUGCUUGGAGUUCUGAUCAAUGUUGCCCACCUUGAGGCUUAUGGAUGGAACAGUGAUGUGAGGAGGAAUGAUUUAUUUUGGAAAAUGGGGGUUUCGCGAGUUGAUCACCUUUUGGUGGUGUAA